ACAGCGGAGCCACAAAAGGGAAGAAGGUGGGAUACAGAGGUCAGAAUCAGAAGGCUAUUCUGCUUUAUUUGCAGUUUGGGCGUUAUCCUUUCCCCUCCACUCUCAACACACAUAUAGUAUGACAAGUUCCCUUCAGUAUCAAAUGUGCCCAAAAGAUAAAUGAAUGAAAGAGAAGGACGGGUGAGUGGGUGGGUGACAGCCUUGAUCACAUGAGGAGGAGCAGGAACUGGAGCUGGGCACCGGCAGUUUCUGCAGAGCAAGUCAGUGCAGGAAGUCAGAACUGCAAAGAAACAAUUAAGCUGUCUGAAAGGAUCUUCAUUAAAAGAGCACCACCACAAGAAGCAUUUUCAGAACAGAAAUGAACAGCUGGACAGCAAAUAACAGUUCCAUCAACAGUAAUGGAACAGAUCUCUCUAUCGGCUUUAUCUCUUCUGCAAUAGCUGUCUUUUUAUUUGGGACAAACUUUGUACCUGUUAAGAAAUUUGAUACUGGUGAUGGAAUGUUCUUCCAGUGGAUUCUCUGUGCUGCAAUAUGGAUAGUAUCAUUGGUGGUGAACCUUAUUCAGAAUAGCCCUAGGUUUUGGCCUCUUGCUAUGGUUGGGGGUAGCGUAUGGGCUACAGGUAACAUUACAGUUGUUCCCAUUGUUAAAACCAUUGGUUUAGGUCUUGGACUCUUAAUCUGGGCUUCUUUUAAUUUGCUAACUGGCUGGGCAAGCUCAAGGUUCGGCUGGUUUGGAAUUGACCCAGAAGAGGUAUCAAAACCCAUCUUAAAUUAUAUUGGAGCUGGACUUUCAGUGUUAAGCACUAUCAUAUUUCUUUUUGUAAAAAGUGAAGUUCAAAGUUCUUCAACUUCAUUAGAAGUCACUCCAUUACUGAGAGAAAGGUCAGUCAACAAUUCUGAAAAUACCUAUUCUGAUGCUUCAUGGGUAGACAAUCUUUCUGCAGUACAAAAAAGAGUAAUAGGCUGUACCCUAGCAGUAGUAGCUGGAAUAUUCUAUGGUUCCAGCUUUGUGCCAGUGCUGUACAUCAAGGACCAUGGUAGAAGAAAUGGAACGGUAUACACAGGAGCAAGUCAAAUUGAUUUAGACUAUGUCUUUGCACACUUUAGUGGAAUCUUUCUCACAAGUACCAUAUAUUUUUUGAUCUACUGUGCAGUCAUGAAAAAUAAACCUAAAGUUUACCCUGAAGCCAUAAUACCAGGAUUUGUUGCUGGUGUGCUUUGGGCAAUAGCCAAUUGUUGCUGGUUCAUAGCUAAUCACUACCUCAGUGCGGUGGUCAGCUUUCCAAUAAUUACCGCAGAAUUGCAUGUGAAACCUGAGACUUGAGGAUACAUGGUACAGUGCUGUCACCAUGAGACUUCUUCUGCACCUGUCAUAAGAGGGCAGAUACAAGAUGGAGCUAUAGGACCGUUGUUAUGCCAGAAUAUUUUUUUCUAAGAAAAAGUUUGAUGUGACUGUGUGGAGCUUUCAUUCACUUUAGAAGAAUUAAAACUUGAAUUCCAUAUCUGUAUAAAAAGCAGUGAGAUAGCAUGAAGGACUUUUAGCAGGAUCAGGAGGCAAGAGCCCAAGAACAAAUGGAUUAUUUAAGAAUAUAACAAAAAGCCUUUUGGAUAUUAAACAUGUUUUAGAUUGACAUGGACCAAUGUACUAAAACAUGUUUUAGAUUAAUGGAGUACUAUUUUUGGAUGUCUGAAAGAAGAUUUUGGAAGUCUUAUGAGUGACCAUAUACUUUGCUGUAAUUUAAAAAAUUAUAUACUUUAAAAGUUCUACAUUUUGAAAGAUUAAAAGGGGAAUACUGCUAAAAUUAGUCUCUGAUGUUUAGAGAGAUUAGUAAAUUCUACCACUAUAAUUAGAGCUGGCUGAAAUAUUUGUCAUAAGUUGUUUUUUUCCCCCUAGUUGAACAGUUGCUUGCUUCUAGUUUAUGAAAUUUACAUAAAACUGAAGAGCUUUGAUUGGGAGGGGGGGCGGGGGGAAAUUGAAAAGCCAUUUUCACUUUAAAAGUCACCCUUGUGAAAUUUGAACAAACUUCUAGAGCUAGUGGUGCCACUGUCACAUGAGUCACAUUGUGUCGUGGAUUGGCACAUAGACCCAUAUAAGGGAUUAUGCACCUAAUUCCCAUUAAAAUUAAUUAGAGUUAAGCACUUUUACUGAAAAAGGACCUAAGGCCCAGAUCUUUAAAGGUAUUGGCACUUAAGAUCAUGCAAGUACAUGAAAGUGUCAUUGACUUCAAUAGGACUACAGGUACUCACAUACUGAAGCAUAUGCUUACAGGUACAUCCACACUGCAAUAAAAACCUGCAGCCCAAAAUCAGUUGACCCAGACUCGCAAGGCUCAGGUGAUGAGGCUAAAACUUGCAGUACAAACAUUCAUGCUUGGGCUUGCAGCCAGGCUUUGAAAGCCACCCCCCUUGCAGUAUUUCAGAGCCCAGGCUCCAGACCAAGCCCAAACAUCUACACUGCAAUUUUUGAGCCCUGUGAGCCCAAGUCAGCUGGCCUGGACCAGCUACGACCAUGCCACAGGCCUCAUAUUGCCAUGUGUAUAUACCCAUAAGCUCAUGCUUAAGUAAAGUUGGUAAAUAUCAUUAUCUGAGAUAUAUCUAUCUAUCUCUAUAUCUAUAUGAGAAAAGUGAGGCUCAGGGAGGUUGGCUGACCCAACAUCACACAGCAGGUCAGUGUCCAAACUAGGAUUAGAACUCUAGUUGCCCAGUUAAUUUGUAAAAAUCUAUUCAACUUACUGCUUCUUUUGCUGUUUGAGAAUUGUCCUUGAGUAGAAUGAAAUUUCUCAGAAAUAUUCAGUUAUUUGCUGAAUAGUUUUUGUGACUAAUUCCCAUAUAAAAACAGAUAUGGCUGUGUCAAUUACUCACGGUGAGCUGCUUUGUGAACAAUCUUUAUGAACCCAGGCCAGCUCCCUUUGAAGUCAACGGAAAGCCUCCCAUUAACUUCAUGGCAUUAUUUAAGCAAUGUUUGGCUGGGUUUGAAUGAACACAUCAGUUAUGUUUGGUUCCCUUACUGGAAGACAAUAACUCUUCUGUUAUAAGCACUAAUGUUAUAUGAGCUUGCAAUUCACUUUCCAUGAGUCUUCACUUAAAAUUUGUUUCUGAUAAAUGCUAUUUCAGAAAACUCACUUAUUCAUGCAAUCUACUAUGAACAACCCAACUUCACCUUCAUUUUACUCACCCAUCUUUUUUUAAAACACUGCUUUAUAAACAAGUGAUAUU